CGAAAAGCGUUGUUGUAGAACUGGAUUGAGAAUCUUUCUCUCCUUCUUCCUGUUUCUUUUGCCAGACGACUUCUCCCUUCUUCUUCAGUCGUCUUCCAUCAAUAGCAGCAAACGAGAUGCUUUCUGGGUUCUUCUCCUAUCGAGUUCGGAUAGGAUUUUUUCUUUCUAAUAAAAGCUCGAUCGGAUUUGGAGCGAGAGUAUGGUCGGAACGGUGGGGAACAGAGGCAAACUUUGGUGGAAUUGGAGGGAAUGGUUUCGAUUUACGGCAGAUUGAUGGGAGGCGAGGGAUGGCGGAGGGUUGGCGGUGGAGGAAGACCAUGAGGGAGCUUUGGGGAGACGAAAAGGUGAAGCUACUUUUCUGUAUUGCAUCUACAGGAAACGCCAAUCCACAUCAUUCAGGUAAGAGUGUGCUCAAGCAAAAGCACUCCCACCAGCGCACGUACCUGCUUUGGGUAGCGCUUCCGGAUUUGAUUCUGGAAAAGUCUUCACCUCCAACAUAUCAUGCACGGCCUUACAGCCUUCCACAGCCCCAUCCUUCUUCUCUUACGUUCCAAGUAGGAGAGAAUGUGGUUUCCUGGAAAUCUGAUUUUAUUAUUCCUUGCAUUGGCCAGGUGAACGCAAUGUCGCAUGUGACGGAUGAUCAAAUCGUUCAAUUCUCAAUGGAAGAAGUUCAAUCGACCACUUUUAGGGCGUCUCGGUCCUUGCUCGGGCGGGUCUUCACAGACAGCAAACUCUCUACGGCCGAGCUUCGAGAGGCUGUUGAUGUUGCGUGGCAAUGCAAGGAUCAAGUCAGGGUGUCGGAAGCUCGAUUCGGCCUGUUCGAGUUUGCUCUCCCAUGUGAGGCCUCAAAGAUUUGGGUCCUGAAAAGGACACCAUGGGUGGUGAAAGACAAAAUCAUUCACCUAACAACAUGGACGCAGCACGUCACCAAACGGCUUGCGGAUGACCUGUCAAUAGUUCCAUUCCGUGUCCAAUUGUGGGACGUCCCGACUGACUGCUGCACCCAUCAAUUUGGGCGCAAAAUGGACGAUGCUAAGAUCGGCAAAGUCCUGGAAGCUGGUGUGUUCGCCUGCCAAGACACUGAUAUUGGGUUUGUCAAGGUAAAGGCGUUAAUUGACUUCACCAAACCUCUGCGAUCGCGAAUUAUGGCGACGAGUGAUGAAACGGAUGCUUUUUGGGUGAAUUUGAAGUACGAAUACCUCCCAAGUUUUUGCUUCCAAUGUGGGCGGGUUGGACACACAAACCGGUCCUGCAAAUUCGAUCCUCCCGCUAGGAAGGAGAACUACGGUCCUCACAUGUGCACGAAGAAGGUGGGGAUCAAAAUUUUUGAUGAGGUGGAUGACAGGCCGUCGUUUCGAGGCCCUCCAAAGACGGUGUGGGUCAACAAGGCCCGGGCCAACGCGAAGCCCAUGAUCACUCUCCCAGCCCACCGAGAAAAGGCUACUGAGUCACACUUGGAGAUUCCAAAGAGAGUCCGGUUGGAGGAGCCCAUAAAACUGGCCCAUCACUCGAAUGCUGGGAGGAAGCCCGAUCGCCAUACGAAGAGCCCAAGGGGUUUUCCGGUCAGUCGUGCUCCAAAAAUUGCUCAAUUCCAGGGACAGCAGAGAACGGGUACUAAUGCGCCAAGGGCCGCCUCGAGAGAUGCUGCUUCUGAUCGAAGGCGGGAGGAGAUGGCGGCUGAUCGUGAUCAGUUAGUGACUGGCGCCCGCAAAUCCUCUCGGCGCUCUGGUCAUCAGUCCAAGAAACAGGUGCGGUAUCCUCAAGAGCCCCGAAAAUCAGUCCCGAUGACGGUGGAAGAUCGCCUGGCUCGGAAUCCUGUUCGUCCGACGCGGCGCCGUCGGCUACUACUGCAAGAGGAGGAGGAAGACACCCAGAUGCUGCCAAUCCAGAAGCGUGCCCCAACUCGCCGGCUCUUACGUGGCACUCAUAAUGUUUCGGCCGCUGAGAAAGGGAAGGGCAAAUUAAUCGAGGUCCCUCUCCCAGCUCAGGAUAAUGACCAUCGUGAAGCCAGACUGGCAGCUCCACGUCCCCAGCCCUCGGCGCAACAGCAAUCUUCGCCUCGGCGAUCGCCAGCUGGGAUUGGUGCCCCUCCUGGAUCCCAGCAUGGGGGGCUGACACGAUCACACAUGAUGCAGAUUCUGGCGGAGGAUUCAGAGGAGGAAUGGAUACCUGAAUUCAAGAAUGAGGAGGCGGCUGAUGGGACCCAAUCUAGCUGGUGAAAGACUCGCGGGUCAGGCCUGUUCAGACUCUGAUGAGACAUUGUCUGAUCUUGGGGGUACUAGCCCAAUCUCACCAUCGAGAAAUCAUCCCUAUGAGCUGCGCCGCCGGACGGGCCAUGUUCGUGAGGUGGUGGCCAUUUUUGAAAAUGAUGGCCUAGCCAAAGGGGAAGUCAAUGAUUUCCGCAAAGAGAAACCCAAUCAAUAAGGGACAAAUUUGCCU